AUGUCGCUGGCGCCGCCUGCGGCGCAGCAGCUGUCCCCCUUAGUCUUUUGCGAGGCGGCCUCUUCGUCGCCGUACGCGUCUUCUUUAUGCGACACCCAAGCGCCGCAGACGUCUGGAGUCCUCUUGGAGGCGCCUGUUUCGCGCUUGUCCCCAGAGACAGAGGGGCUGGCGCCCUCACUCGCGCCCGCACCUCACGUGGCCGGGGGGCCUCUCUCUGGAGGCGGUGACUCUGCGCAGGCGCCGCUGACAGACCCAGCGCAGGCCAGCCGCUCAGGCUCGUUGUCUUCUGCAGCCGUAUCCGCGCCUUCGCCUUGUCAAAGGCGCACGUACCACUCCAGUCAAGAGCGGACUCGCGGGUGUACCGCACUGCACAGGGCGCGCGCGGCAGAGAACGUGGGCUUGCGGCCUCCGUUCCGCGCAGAGAGUGACCUCCACACGAGGCGCGAAGCGCACGAGAAGGCGCCGACCCACCCCUGCCGCGAGUCUCGAGCUGGUGACAAGUCACGCGCCGCCAUGGGAAUCGCCCAGAAGCCUGCCUCCGUGAGUCUCGCCUCGUCGCCCCUGCCUGCUGGCUCCGACACGCAGGAAGGACCCAGCGUGGCCUCUGCGGAGAAUGAGUCGCGACCCGCUUCAGCAGCGAGCCUCUCGUCACCCUCAGGCGACAACCCGAUGAAAGAAAAGGGGGGGGAAGGGCAGAUCUCUGCCCCGUCUGCCCUCGCCCCAUCGGUCGCCGCAUUGGCUGGCUCGGCCUCCGUGACGCCGAUGCCUUUCUCCCCAUCCCCACCUUCCCUCCCCCCGGCUCCCAAGGCAGAUAUCCCCAGCGCGGCGACCUCCCCCGCGCCUGCGGCGUCGCCGUCGCUCGCGUCUCUGCCGAGUGGGAACUUCACGCAACUCUCCCGGGGAUGCGAGUCGGUCAGCUCCAUGUCCACGGUGCCAAGUUUCUCGAGGGGGCAGUCUUGUGCGUCCAACAGCGCGGAGGCGGGUAGGCUGUCGACCUCGUUCCCGUCUCUCCGUCAUGCCGGCGACGGCGUCUCUUCGUCUUCCUUCGCCUCGCUGUCUUCGUCCUUCUCUUUCCCCUGCGCAGUUCCUGAGGACUCCGCUGGGGCUGCCGCCACCACCGGCGGGUCAGAAGGGGCAGGAAAGGCCGAGGCGCGUCGACCUGCGGCGGCAGCGGUUCUUCUGGGGGUCCAGGCUGGGGUUUCGGCUGCGCGGCCGCCGCGAGAACUCCACGAAGGCAGCAGCGCUGCGCCUUCUUUCUGUUCGUCGUUCCCGCCUGCAGGCGCUUGCGCGGUGCAGCUGAGCGCACAACAGGAAGGAGGGAGGAGUGACCCGCUGCCGUUUCUGCCGCCAGAGCCAGCCGGCGAGCGAGCGUUUGCCGCUGUAGGCGUGCAUGCGUCGCACUGCCUCUCGUCUUCGCAGUCUGGCUCCGCGCCGCCGGCGUUGCUUGCGGAAGCCUUCCCAGCAGCGAUGGGGGGAGGCGGGAGCCUGUUGACUGCGUGCAAGGCGGAGAAGGAGAAACCGUUCGGAGUCGCGCCGCCAAUCCAGCAGUCGCCCGCCUCCGCGUCUAGCGCGCAGCCAGCCGCCACGACCCUAUGCGUGUGUAAGUUCCUCCUGGGGGAAGACGUCGCGGGCUACCUCGUCGGGAGGAAGGGCGGCGGCAUCGAUGAGUUUCAGAAACGCAACGGCCCCGGCUUGCGCGUGACUGUCAGCAAGCGCGGCGAGAUCUUUCCCGUCUUGGGUGAGCGAAUCGCCGCCGCAGUCGGCGUCCAGGAGAGCAUCGCGAGGGCGCUCGACGAGAUCGUCGACGUCGCCACCAAGCGAGCCAUGCACAAGGAAGAAGAGCGCAGGCUCGACACUGGAAGAAAAAUCAGCAAGCCGAAGACGUGCUUCAAGUUGGUCGUUCCUGAGACUUCAGUGAGGCUGUUGGAGCAGCUAGACGACACCUGUGAAUCCGCGCGAGAAAUUGGCCGCAAGUACCGAACGGAAGUUCUGCUCACUUCCGCCAACGACUGGUUUCACCUCGAGGCUGGUGACGCAGUUGCAAAGGAGCGGCUUGUCCAGGUCAUAGGCCUUCCGAACGACGUGAAGGACACAGUCCGGGAGCUGGUGCCCCUGUACCAGCAAGACGCGACGCUGACGACUUCGCUGGAGCUUUGCUACGGAAAGAAAACCCCUGCGCCGCCUCCGCCGCCGCCACCCAUUCACCCGCCGCUGUUCUCCUUCACGCCGUCUCCCACCUGCUCGCCUGCGUUCCCGGGAAACAACGUGCCGCCGCCCGCCGGCUUCUCGAGUGGAUCUUCCUUUCUGCCCGCGUACGCGGGGUCGCAGCUGCUCUUCAGUGCCGCCAAUAACUCGAGUGCGCUCUGCGCGGGGGGGACGGGCUCGCGGGGGCUUGCCGCCACGGGCGGACGAGGCGCGGGCCUGGGCGUCGGCGUGGGCGCUCUGUCGGCGCAGACCGGCGCGGGCUGCUCCCAAGCUGGCCAGGGCACCACGGCGUCCCCAGGGGCGGCGAAGAGUCUGUUGUCCGCGGCUGCGACGGCGUCGCACGCUGGAUUCCCCGCGGCCCCCGCGGCCUCGAUGAAGCCGCCGCUCUACUCUCCGCUCCUGUGCGCCACCCUCAGCCACGCGCCGGCCUGCGCAUCGAGCUACAGCACCUCUGCGGGGUCCAGCUUCGACAGCUUCGCAACCGCCUCCUCCUCCUCAGGCCGCAGGGGAAGGCGGUUUUCCGCAGACGUCUCUGAGAUAUUCACUCGGUCUCUGAGUGCGGCGGCGUCCUCCGCCGCGCACCCAGGACGUCAAGACCCCGCCGCGGACAACGGGGCACCGCCGGGAGCGGGGGGCGCGGGCGCAGGGAAGCUGGGCGGCGGCGGAGCGCCGAAUUUCACAGCUGAGCUGCUGUCUCUGCUCGCGAUGCAGGGGACAAGCCGAGGCAAGCUCCUCCCGCCGGUCAGUGGAGGCGGCUCGACGGGGGUGCCGGCCGCGUACGCUGCGCGAUCGCUCGCGCUCUACAACGCCCAACAAGCAGCGCUGGCGGGAGGCGGAUUCGGCUUUGCAGCCAAGACGGCUGGGCUGCCCUCGUCUGCCCUCUCCUCCCCCUUCCCUCAGUCCUCUGCACUCGCGGGGGCGAAGCAGGCACCAGGGGGCCGCUUUUCCUCAGCUUCUUCGGAGUCCGCCGGCGGAACCCCGCCGGAUGCCCUCGUUUCUGCGGCUGCAGCGGCCACCCCGGCGACGCAGGCCGCACUCGUUCGGGCGCUGCUCCAGCAGUUCAUCGAGACAGAGUUGAAGCGGAGCGGCGCAAGUGCCGGCGGCGGCGAGGAGAGGAAGCGCGAGGGCGUGCCGCUGUCCGGAGGAAGUCCAACAAGUGAUCACAGCGGGCGCGACGAAGGCCUGAACCUGCAAACGCUACUGGGAGCGAGUUUGCGGGGCGAGGGUCUGCGGCAAGAGCUUCUCGCGUCCGCAGCAGACUCUGCGGCGCAAAGGGGCCCGUACGCCCACGGGUUUCUGGGGGGCCCCCCGCCAGGAGGAGGCAUCAUGGAGGCAGGCACAGCAGGUGCUGCGCUGGCUGGCAAUGCGCCCGACACCGGGGCGACUGGCACCUCGAGUCGAGGCGCAGGAGGAGAGUUGCUCGGAGCUGUCGGCGCUCAGCUCCUCGGGGCUGACGCGUGCAAGUACCUGUACUCACCUGCGCCGGGCCUCAAGGGGCAUCCGUCUGUCUUCGCGGACCCACUCGCUCUCCACCAGGGCAACGGGGUGCACGCGACCGGUUUUCCCAGCCCAUCGUUCGGCGUGAUAGGCGCGAGUGCGUUGUCACUCUCAGCCGGGAAGGUGCCUGCCUCGUGCCUCUCCCACGGCGAAGAAAGGAGCGCGGGGGGCAGCGCGCGCCAGGGGAAGGAGGACAAGGUCGCGCAGAACGAGAAGAGCCCGUCCGGCGCGGCGGCGUUUCCGGCGGUCGCGAAGAAGAAGCCUCCGCCGGCGGCGUCGCCCGUCGGGGGAGGCGGGUCUGCGUCGCUCUUUUCGUCCUCCCUCUCCUCACUUCUAGACCCAGCCGCCCCCGUCUUCCAUCCUCAGCAAUCUUCAUCGUCGGGCAAGAGCUUUCUGCAGGUCAUCGCUGACGACAGCAGUCGCCAGCUGCUGAACACGCUUCUGCACGCCAGUCUAAGUCCGAACGGCGCUCAGGCUUGCCGCCCUCCAGGGGGAGCAGGAGAGGCCGUAGCAGCACGCCGGACAGACAGCGGCGCGCAGGCGGGUGCGUCGUCCUCUGUGCUGUCGUCUUCGUUCGCCUCUUCGGGGUUCCCCUGUCCCCUCUCUGGCGCAGCAUUCUCCUCUUCUCACGGGCUGUUAAAAAAGCCGCACGAGCAGGCCAGCGCUCAGCAUCAGGCCCGCCAACUGCUCGCGAGCGCCCUCCUCACGUCUGACUUUGGACAGACUGACGCGUCUGCUGAAGACGCUUCCCAGCGGCAACUGCGGAACGAGCUCCUCCUUCUGCUGCGGCAGAAGGAAAACUUGCCUUCUUUCGCUGAUGAACUGGAGCUUCGGAAGCGGAGGGGCAGCGCCAGCGGAAGCGCGUUGCCCUCUCUCGCCUCGUCUUCCUCAUCGCGCAGAGACAGCAGACUGGCGCAGCUCGCUGGACCGGCGGCAGGUGGCGACUGCCCCCCAGGCCGGACUGCGGGAACAAGGGAGGCGGCUGCGGCAGGCGACCGGCUGGAGAAACCUCGCUUGGAGGCCGAGCUGCUUAUGCUGCAGAGUCUUCUGUCGCAACAUACGUCGCUGUGCUUGCCGUCCUCCGCGUGGAGCUCUGCCGUGGGUGGUGGCGGCGGCGCGGGCGCCGCCCCUCCUGUUGACGCGUCGUUGAAGCAGCUGCUCGCGUCGUCGCACGCGCUUCCGCGGCUUCAGCAGAUUCACCACCCGGGCAGCUUCUCUUCUGUAAAUUCCUUCGGCGUCUGGUCAGGCGAUGGGGACAGAAUGGACGAAGAAGACGGCGGGGCUCCCGCCCGAGCCCCCGGGAUACUGCAGGCUUCGGCGACCCCUCCCGCUUGCAGAAGCGUGGAAGAGCGGCGCGAGGGAGGCAAGCAGAGACACGACGAGCGUGAGUCGCCGCGGGGCGCGCCUCUGUCUUCUCUGAGUGCCUCUUCGCAUUCGAAGAGUCCCGAGUCUGUCUCCUCUGCGUCCUCCUCCGUCGCCGCUGGGUUGCGGCAUUCGAACACGGCUUCGUCCGGCAGACCAGGCAACCUCGAACAGCAAGCGCGCGCUUCGCCUCGACUGCCGUCCAGCGAGACGCGUCCCGCUUCCUCCGCGACGGCGUCGCCUCCAGGUGCGUUCUCUCCGGCGUCGUCGUUGUGUGCCUCAUUUUCGUCUGCCGCGGGCGGCGGAGGGUUGCUCGGCAGCGCGCGACCCCGGGGAGGGGAGACGCAGAGGGAGUCGGAAGGGCCUCUCGUGAGCAGACGCGAAGCCGAGUGCGAAGGCGGGGCGCCCGCGGGGCCGCUCGCGUCGUGUUGGUCGCUGAAGGAGGCGUUCUCGUUUCCUCAGCCGCAGUCCGGCGCGGUCUCCCGAACGAGCGCCAGCACGCCGAGCAACCGUCACGCUCCCCUGGGUCUCCAGCCCGCCUCGCUUCUCCUCGGCCUGCGCGGCGGCGAGAAUGUCGGCGAGUCAAAGCUUGGCGACUCGGCAGAGCGCCCUGUUCCACUGGAUUUAUCUGACAGACGCAGAGAGGCGCGCGAAGAAGGCUCCCGCGGCGACGAACGCCCGGGCAGCGGGGCUGCGGCGGGGGCCGAUGGAGCGGCGGGCGUCGUCCUCGCCGCCGUCCCGCAGAAACGCGAGUCGGCUCCGGCCGUGUUUUGCUGUGAAGGGCCUCAGGGGGCUCAGAAGAGCGCCGCUAUGCCGCCGCGUGCGCAGAGCAGCAGUUUGGGUCACUCUGGCGAGAGUCUCAAAGCCGCGAGUCACGCCGCCAACGGGGGCGAUGGGCGGGCGACAACUGGAGAGGAGCAGGGUCCAGGCGCUGCCGCGGACAGCGGGGCUCGCAGGGAGGCCAGCGCGUCUAACGGGAGAGGAAGGCCUGGAGACGGCGAGAGCGGGAAGCGGGCUGCACCCGAGGUGAAGUGCGUCUCGUCAGCUGCGGCGGGCGUCGAGAAGGGCGACCUGAAGCCGCCUGCGGGCGAACGGACGGGAGGCGGCAGCGCAGGGUCCCCGCAGCGCGACGCCCAAGACGCGUCCGAGGCGGGUGCUGAGGAUUUCUCUGUUCAGGUCCAGGUCCCCGUGUCUUUGGCGCAGUCCGAAGACAGCCUGUCUGUCCUGUUGCUGCUGCUGCGAUCCUUCUCUACACGCGUCUCCGUCGUCGUGCCUUCCUCCUCUUCGCAGCACACCACACCGCCCACCGGCCCCAGUCGCACAGGCGGCCAGGCAGCAGCCGGCCCCGGAGGGCGCGGGCAUGCGGAGCCGCUUCCGGGGACGAUCUCCCUGCAAAUCAGCGGGUCUGCGGACAACGUGUCUUCGGCGACGGCUGUCCUGCAGUCUCUCCUGGCGGGGAGUCUGUAG